AAUAUAAUGAUGCAAGUGGUUCUAAACAGGCUUGCAGCUGUUGUUUUUCUUUUCAUAAGAUUAUCAACUUUUGGGUUCUAUUUGUGGCGGAGUGAUAAGGGUGUUCACAAUACUCUAUUUGUUGUCUUGGUCUACUUUAUUUUGCAUGGUGACUCGAGCAGAAGUUUAGCCUUUUGGUCAUAUAUACCGAAUGGUUGUUUUGGAGAUGAAAGAAGGGAGCUGAAGAAGAUGCUUGAUUACAAAAGAGUUGGUGCCCUAUAAUAAUAUUUAUAUUAAAG